AAGAAGGAUAUUUAUUCGAACGUUUCAAUGGUUUCAACGCAGAGGAUCAUAAAUAAUAAACAAAUCAUAAUAUUUAUGCCCAAUCUCUCGAUUAGCUAUUACAAAGAAGAUAACAAUUAUUGUCGGACAAAAGAGACACAAACUAGCAACAAGGAAAUAUAUAUUACUCUUCAUGCAAUUGUUCUUUAUCCCAACUAGUUACAGAUAAUAUGCCAUGAUCUCGAAAAUUUUUGUUGGUGACAAAACAGAAGCUAAAUUUGUUGCGUCCUUUUCAACCCGUGAAUAAUCUAUUAUUACUAACCCAUAAUCAAAACUGUUAGAUUUUCAACAGCGUUGCAGUGUUUACUGUGUUCCAAAAUCGUCCCCUUUGGAGACGGAAUUUUCACCUUUCUGGAUGCAGUCUCGCUGAUCUAGAACACGUUUAUUAUGGUCGAUUUUCUCGGCUGGGUACAUAUGACUCAUCCGUGUAAAUUAUUGAUUACUUUAUCCUCUUCUGUUCAAGUUGAGACAAACCUAUGUCGCAUUGGACCAUCUUUGCUGGUGUGCAGGAAAAAGGUGUAUGGCGGCGAAUUAUGAACCACGGUUCGCUGCAUUCUACCGCGUACCUAACAUCCGGAAGGUAGUAAAAGCUGGAAGGAUACGAUGGGCAGGGCAUGUUGUUAGAAUGCCGGAGAACUACCCUGCAAAGCCGGUUUUCGCAAGAGAUUUGGAUGGUACAAGCAGACCUGGAGGACAGCGUGUAACAGGAUGUCUACUCUUAAAACAAAAUGAAAUUCCCCAACUUUUCCAGGUUUUCUUUCAGAGGUUCUCCCGAUAUGCUCCAAGAGUUUCUAGUUAUAUUCAUUCCGAAGAUCCUUCCAAAAUUUAUUCAAAGUUCCUUCAGAAAUUUUCCUUGUUGUUAUCCGGAAUAAUUUCCCAACAGCUUCUCUUGGGACUUUUGGGAGAUUCUUGAAAAAGUUCUUCAAGAGAGGUUUCCGAUAUUUCUCUUGGGUUUCCUUGCAUAGUUUCACUCGUAGUUGCUUCUGGAAUAUCUCUUAGAGUUUUCCAGAGUUCUUCCUUGAAUUUCCUUAGUGUUUCUUCCCAGGUUUACUCACAGAACUUUUUCCGAGAUGACUCAGUUUUUCCAGGAUUUUUUCAUCUCAAGAUUUCUCCAAUAGGUCUUGCGGAAUUUCUUGCAGAAUUUUACCAGAAUAUAUUUCCGAUAUAUUUGGAUAUAUACAGGAAAUUCUGUAAGUUAUCUAUUAAAGAACUACUAUCAACAAAUGAUGCAAAUUAUCACCUCACGAGUGCUCAGACAACUUAUCAACUGUAUUUUUAUCGCGUGCGAUUGAACUGCGCACUGCUCAGCGAUGAGCGGAGUCAAAAAGGGUGGCAAAAGGGACGUGCAAUUUCGAAAGGAAAACAUGACGCGCGAAAGCUGUAGCAAAUCGUUUCCCAUGCGACGGGACUGCUGCGAUGCUUCAUAACUCACACUGCAACACGCUCGUUCAUUAUUGCUACUGAAACAAGUGUGUUUGAAAAUCGAAAAAUUUAAAUGUUCUAAAAACACUAUUUAAAACAUUUUCCCAAAUAGUGGUGCACGCCAAUAGAAUGAUCAUUAUGUUUUAUAAAAAAGGAACACAAGUUUGACCGCUUAAAUCCAAUUAACCGGCGCCUGUAACCAUUGAGAGACUAACGCGCAAGAGUGAGACAGUAGAAUAACUAGCCACAGAAGUUCAAUGCCGCGAUUGUUCGUGUGACUAACAUCUAGUUUGCCACGCCCUUACAGCGUCAGCAGCGGUACUAGAAGUGUCAAGUUAAUUUUGUUUACCAAAACAAAAGAUACUCUACAUGAAGGACACUUAAAAAUUAUGAAUUAUUGCAAUUAUAGUUAUUAAAAUAAUUAAUUGAGAAAAGUGACUACAGCGCCAUUGGAGUUCUAGUGUAUUUCUAUUAGUGAGACACUACUGCUCUAUACGUCCCGCUCAGAUGAAUUUCUACCUGGGUACUUCGAGUCUACCUAGUUUAGACACCUUAUGAUUAACUUAGCUAAGACACUCAAUUUUUUUCCAUGAAUUUUAUUUUGGCUUUCAACCGGGUUAUGCUUUUGACGUUUGGUUUCGCCUGUUUACACUUUCUCAUCAACCGACACCGGCACGACCGACCGACCGCGUGAAAGAAGAAAAAAAAAAUCUGUUGUUCGUUGCGGGCCUCGCGCGAGUCGUGAAUAUUUUGAAAAAUUAUGCCGCCGGUAGUCAUCUCAGGGCCCAUGGUUGGCCCAGAAUAGACUAAAAUCUACGCCGUUGAUCAUCCGGACGCAUUCCAAUAGAUAGUAAAUAGAAUGCAAAAAGUGGUUCUCCCGGUUCUGCAUUCGGUGAAGCAGAUGUCGCCUGCAAACCUUGUUCCUGCCAAUUGUAACCGGAAGGUUGAAGUGUACCGUUGCUUUUUUCGUCAUGCUGGGAGUGCAUAUCACUCGCAACGAGGUUGGAAGAAUCGCAAUAUAUAUAAUCGGUCAUCGAAAAGCGGUGGUGAGUUUUGUGUCAUGCGGGAGACUUGAAAAGUUGAGUCAACGUUGGUCUUCGGGACGAUCCGGAUACCAUCAAAACACUAUUCAAGUUUCUCUACGAUUGUAAUCUGUAUGAAUUAAUUUAACAGCUCUAUCAUUCGUCUUUAAUUGUUCAUUAAUUUAGUGUGUUGAACUAACAUUAAAAGUUUAAAAAAAAAAACACAAUAACAAAGAAAAAAAAAACUUAGCCGAAACCACGGGGAUGCUAUGGUGAUCUAAAUUUCACAGUAGAUCUGUCAAGAAUUCCGAACAAUUCACAGAACUAGUACAGAAUUUAUCCGUUAACGACGAUGAAAUUUUAGUUUCAUUCGACGUUAAAUCACUAUUUCCAAGCAUUCCAGUUAAAGAGGCCAUUAACCUACUAGAAGAUUGGCUUCUGAACCAAUAUGAAGAUUCAAAUUCAGAUUGGAUUAAGAAAGUUCGUACAUACAUCAAAUUAACCAAACUUUGUAUGGAAGAAAAUUAUUUUUCGUUCAGAAAUGAAACCUACAAACAACUUAAUGGUGCCCCCAUGGGCAAUCCACUUUCUCCAUUUUUAAGUGAAAUUUUUAUGGCAAAUUUGGAAAAACGCUUAGAAAACAACAAACAGCUUCCUGAAGUCUGGUGGAGAUACGUUGACGACGUGUUUAGCAUUGUUAAGAAACAUCUUUUACCUGAAAUCUUGAACAAUAUCAAUAAUGCACACAAAAACAUCGAAUUCACUUGUGAAAUUGAACAGAACAACCAACUACCAUUUUUGGACAUACUCAUCGUAAAACAAGAAUCAACACUUUCCUUCGAAAUUUACAGAAAACCGACACACACUCAACGCACUAUUCCAAACUCAUCAAAUCACUCACAUCAACACAAAAUUGCAUCCUUCAAUCACAUGAUACACCGAAUGCAGACACUUCCACUUAGUGAAACAGGAAAAACGAAAGAACUUAAUUACAUUUUCGAAACAGCACAGUUGAACGGUUACACAAAACAAACAAUACAACAGAUCAUCAACAAAAAGACACAACAACAAUACAGACGUUCUUUGACUACACUGACACGGACAGAACCUACACUUAAACGGAUAACUGUGAACUACAACAAUGACACCAAAAAACUCCGACCAAUUCUCAGAAAGUUUGGUUUUGAAUUAGUUUUCACAAGCAAAGCUAACCAACUUCAAACUCUCUUAGGAUCUACGAAAGACCCGUUGGACAACUUAACAAAAUCUGGUGUUUACAAAGUAACAUGUAAUCACUGUGACAAAAUAUACAUAGGACAAACAAAACGCACACUCAACACACGAUUCAAAGAACACAUAACGGAAGUAUCAAAAGCACACAAAGACACAGACAAAGGACUCAUUCAUCAUUUUAAAUCUAAAGUUGCUGAACAUAUUUUCAAUGAAGGACAUUUUAUGAAUACUUCAAAUAUUAAACUCUUACGACACAUUACAAACCCAUGGAAACUUGAUGUUGCAGAAAGUUUAGAAAUUUACAAACAAAACAAUAAAAAACUACUUAACAAGGAUCAGGGCAAUGGGUAUACGUGGCUGUUUAAAUUUUUACCUAACACACACAAAACAUUACACAAUACACAAAACACAAAUUGACUACCUACCAAAUCGGCAGGAAAAAAUAACACAACAAACACCAAUUGACUACCUACCAAAUCGGUAGGGAUUUUUCCUAGCUUUAGGUAUCUUAUUGACACCCUGUUUUCUAACAGGCAGAUACACCCCCUUUUUUACAAAUAUGUACCUACAAUUUUGUACCUACAUUUUUAUACCUACACUUUUACCCACACACGUACCUACACAUACACUCCUAGUAUAAAUACCACAACGAAUGCGAGGUUUUCUUCAGUCGAGCACUUGACACUGAAGAAGUCUGUAAGUCACAGACGAAAUAGGCCUAUCUGUCCGAAGAUAAGCACAGUAGUAGAAUUAAAAGGAAUUUGCUCGUCCUUUCUAGUUUUUCUUUAAAAGAGUUAUUCAUUUUUUAUUUUCUUUUGCAAAAGUAAAGUAUUAGUGAAGUGUUUUUAAAUUAAACUAGAGUCUGAAGUAA